AUGGCCUUGCCAUGUGUUAGACUGUUAGUCAACCCGUAUGUUGCUUCAUCCACUUCAAGAGCUGUCACUCCCUUCCCUCUGUUGCAUCUGUUGUCACUGGGACCUUUGUCAUGGUUUCUAUUUGCUAUCUCCUCCUGGAAGCGCCUCUUUGUUUCUUCCUUAAGGCUUUAUCGAACUAAAUUCAAACAAGGUAUUAAUAUUCUCAGUGAAGACAGUUGGUUGACUGCAUCACCAGUUAACAUCAUUGUUGGUUCUCAUGUAUGGGUUGAGGAUCCAGUCUUGGCUUGGGUUGAUGGACAAGUAAACCGGAUAGAUGGCCAAGAUGUUCACAUCCAAACCACAAAUGGGAGAAAGGUCGUUGCAAACAUUGCAAAAGUGUUUCCAAAGGACACUGAAGCACCACCUGGAGGUGUAGAUGAUAUGACUAAGCUUUCAUAUUUGCAUGAACCUGGAGUUCUGCAAAACCUGGCUACUAGAUAUGAACUUAAUGAAAUAUAUACAUAUACUGGGAAUAUUCUGAUCGCAAUAAAUCCUUUCCAAAGACUACCGCAUCUAUAUGAUACUCACAUGAUGGAGCAAUACAAAGGGGCAUCCCUUGGCGAGCUUAGUCCUCAUGUUUUUGCGAUUGCGGAUGUUGCUUACAGGGCAAUGAUCAACGAAGGAAAGAGCAACUCCAUUUUAGUUAGCGGUGAAAGUGGUGCUGGUAAAACUGAAACGACGAAAAUGCUGAUGAGAUAUCUUGCACACUUGGGUGGUCGUUCUGGAGUCGAAGGACGGACAGUUGAACAACAAGUUUUAGAAUGCUUGAAGCAUUUGGAAAUGCCAAAACUGUCAGGAACAACAAUUCCAGGCAAUCGUUUUGGUAAAUUCGUUGAAAUCCAAUUUGACAAAAGUGGUAGAAUAUCUGGAGCAGCUGUUAGAACUUACUUGUUGGAGAGAUCUCGUGUUUGUCAAAUCUCUGAUCCUGAAAGAAACUAUCAUUGCUUCUAUCUUCUCUGUGCCGCACCACCUGAGGAAAGAGAGAAGUAUAAGCUGGGAAACCCAGAAUCAUAUCAUUACCUUAACCAGUCUAAGUGUUAUAAACUCGAGGGAGUAAGUGAUACUGAGGAAUACCUUGCAACCAGAAGAGCUAUGGAUAUAGUUGGGAUCAGUGAGGAAGAGCAGGAUGCUAUAUUCCGGGUUGUUGCAUCAAUCCUUCAUCUUGGUAAUAUUGAAUUUUCCAAAGGAAAGGAAAUUGAUUCUUCUGUGAUUAAGGAUGAGAAGUCAAGGCUUCAUCUCAAUACAACUGCCGAAUUACUCAAGUGUGAUCCGAUUAGCUUAGAAGAUGCACUGAUUAAGCGAGUGAUGGUGACACCUGAGGAAGUUAUCACAAGAACUCUUGAUCCAGAAGCUGCAUUGGGAAGCAGGGAUGCUUUGGCAAAGACAAUAUAUUCUCGUUUGUUCGAUUGGAUUGUGGAAAAGAUAAAUAACUCCAUUGGGCAAGACCCCAACUCAAAAGCAAUAAUAGGAGUACUUGACAUAUACGGGUUUGAAAGUUUUAAGCACAACAGCUUUGAGCAGUUCUGUAUCAAUUUCACCAAUGAAAAAUUGCAGCAGCAUUUCAACCAGCAUGUAUUCAAGAUGGAACAAGAAGAUUAUGAGAAAGAACAGAUAAACUGGAGCUACAUUGAGUUUGUUGAUAACCAAGAUGUUCUUGAUUUAAUUGAGAAGAAACCAGGAGGAAUAAUUGCACUGCUCGAUGAAGCUUGUAUGUUUCCUAAAUCUACUCAUGAAACAUUUGCUCAGAAGUUAUAUCAGACAUUUGCCAAACAUAAGCGCUUCAUCAAGCCGAAACUCUCACGAACCAAUUUUACCAUAGCUCACUAUGCAGGGGAGGUCACAUAUUUGGCAGAUCUGUUCCUGGAUAAGAACAAAGAUUAUGUGGUGGCCGAACAUCAAGACUUAUUAACAGCUUCAAAGUGCUCUUUUGUAGCUGGUUUAUUUCCCGCUCUUCCUGAAGAAUCAUCAAAGUCCUCCAAGUUUUCCUCGAUAGGGUCACGUUUUAAGCUGCAACUACAAUCUUUAAUGGAGACGUUGAAUUCAACAGAACCCCAUUACAUCAGAUGUGUGAAACCAAACAAUGUUCUCAAGCCAGCCAUUUUUGAGAAUCUUAACAUAAUUCAGCAACUGCGAUGUGGUGGUGUUCUUGAAGCUAUUAGAAUCAGCUGUGCUGGAUACCCCACCAGACGUACAUUUGAUGAAUUCCUUCUCCGAUUUGGUGUUCUUGCUCCUGAAGUUUUGGACGGGAACAUCGAUGACAAGGCUGCGUGCCUGGUGAUUUUGGAUAAGAUGGGACUAAAGGGCUACCAGUUAGGUAAGACAAAGGUCUUUCUACGAGCUGGGCAGAUGGCUGAGCUAGAUGCUAGGAGAGCUGAGGUUCUUGGAAAUGCAGCCAGAACAAUUCAAAGGCAAAUCCGUACUUAUAUUGCACGGAAAGAUUUCGUUGUUUUGCGCCGAGCUGCUAUUCAGUUGCAAUCAUGUUGGCGAGCUAUAUCGGCUCUCAAUCUUUAUGAGCAAUUGCGACAAGAAGCUGCUGCAAUCAAGAUUCAGAAGAACUUCAGAUGCUACAUUGCCAGGGUAUCCUACUCAACGUUGCAAAAUUCUGCCAUCAUAGUGCAGACUGGCAUGAGGGCAAUGACUGCUCGCAAUGAAUUCAGAUUCAGGAAACAGACUAAGGCUUCUAUCAAAAUUCAGGCCCAAAUGCGUUGUCACAGAGAAUAUUCUUAUUAUAGAAGCCUUCAAAAGGCUGCAAUUGUUACCCAAUGUGGUUGGAGGCGACGUGUGUCUUAUUGCACCAUAUGUAACCGUGCUUAUGUAUUGGCUCAGGCUGCAAGGGAAACAGGGGCCCUAAAAGAAGCCAAGGACAAGCUAGAAAAGAAAGUAGAAGAGCUUACAUGGCGCUUGCAGUUUGAGAAACGAUUGAGGACUGAGCUGGAGGAAACAAAAGCACAAGAUAUUGCAAAGUUACAGGAUGCAUUGCAGUCAAUGCAAAUACAAUUGGAAGAAGCCAAUGCUAGAGUGAUAAAAGAACGAGAAGCGGCACGUAAAGCAAUUGAAGAAGCUCCACCAGUCAUUAAAGAAACCCCAGUCAUGGUCCAAGAUACAGCAAAGAUUGAUGCAUUAACAGCUGAAGUUGAAAGUUUGAAGUCUUUGCUGCUGUCAGAAAAGCAGGCUGCAGAAGAAGCUAAAAGUGCUGCUGCAGAUGCUGAGGCCAGAAAUAUGGAUUUGGUUAAAAAACUAGAGCAAGCUGAGGGGAAAUUGGAUCAGCUUCAAGAAUCUGCACAAAGGCUUGAAGAGAAACUGUCAAACCUUGAGUCAGAGAAUCAAGUACUUCGUCAACAAGCUCUAACCAUGUCACCUACAGGCAGAUCUAUGUCUGCCCGGCCUAGGACGACUAUUAUUCAGAGAACUCCCGAGAAUGGAAAUAUUCUAAAUGGAGAAACAAAGCUUGCAAAUGACUCUGCCCUUGUUGUGGCCAAUCCAAAGGAGCCUGAGUCUGAGGAAAAGCCGCAGAAAUCUCUUAAUGACAAGCAGCAAGAAAACCAGGAUGUCCUGAUAAAGUGCAUUUCACAAGAUUUGGGAUUUUCGAGUGGCAAACCAGUUGCCGCUUGUGUCAUUUAUAAAAGCCUUCUCCACUGGAGGUCAUUUGAGGUUGAGAGGACUGGUGUGUUUGACCGCAUAAUUCAAACUAUAGCUUCAGCAGUAGAGGUCCCUGAUAACAAUGAUGUAUUAGCCUACUGGUUAUGUAAUGCAUCCACAUUGUUGAUGCUGCUUCAACACACACUCAAAGCAACUGGGGCAGCUAGCUUGACCCCCCAAAGACGAAGAACAUCAUCAGCUUCUCUUUUUGGGCGGAUGUCACAGGGUUUAAGAGCAUCUCCACAGAGUUCACUUCUCAACAGCCGGCUGCUUGGUAGACUUGAUGACUUGAGACAGGUCGAAGCCAAGUAUCCUGCGUUGUUAUUCAAGCAACAGCUUACUGCUUUCCUGGAGAAGAUAUAUGGAUUGAUCAGGGAUAACUUGAAGAAAGAGAUCUCCCCUCUGCUUGGUUUAUGUAUCCAGGCCCCCAGAACAUCCCGUGCUAGCUUAGUGAAAGGACGUUCACAAGCAAAUGCUGUUGCGCAACAAGCACUAAUUGCUCAUUGGCAGAGCAUUGUCAAAAGCCUGGACAAUUGCUUGAAGAUUAUGAAAGCAAAUUAUGUUCCUGCUUUCUUGGUCCGAAAGUAUUUGCGUUUAACUUUAUUUUCUUUCAAACUGCUCAGUCUUCUUUUACGGCGCGAGUGUUGCUCAUUCAGCAACGGGGAGUAUGUGAAAGCUGGGUUAGCUGAGUUAGAACAAUGGUGUUGUUACGCCACUGAGGAAUACGUAGGCUCAGCUUGGGAUGAAUUGAAGCACAUCAGGCAGGCAGUAGGAUUUUUGGUCAUCCAUCAAAAACCCAAGAAGACCUUGAAUGAAAUUACAAAGGAACUUUGUCCUGUGCUAAGCAUCCAGCAGUUGUACAGGAUUAGCACCAUGUACUGGGAUGACAAAUAUGGCACUCACAGUGUUUCUUCAGAUGUCAUCUCAAGUAUGAGAGUUAUGAUGACAGAGGACUCGAACAAUUCAGUAAGCAGUUCGUUUCUAUUAGACGAUGACUCAAGGCAUUUUGUGAAUUAAUGCCACUUCCAUUUGUCACAGANCCAUGCAACAAAUAGAUGUAGCUGAUGUCGAGCCUCCCCCUUUAAUCCGAGAAAACUCAGGGUUUGUGUUCUUACAUCAAAGAUCAGAUAAAUGAUUUUGCUUUAUGAUAUGUCCUAAAAUCCUGCACUCGUUGCCAAACGUGAAGCACAGGUGCUGCAUUCGUUUGUGCAUGCUUUUUCGAAUGUUUAUUGUUGUGUCCAACAUCUCCAUUGUAUAUUUUUUGUCAAAAUUUGCUCGGGCGAUAGUAAUUGAUUUUCGUCCGGGUUACUUUAAAUUUUCCCUCCUAUUUGCCUCGUCAACACGAGAGCACUGUUUGGAGACACCAUAGUGCUUGUAGGUUGUGAUGAAUUGCAAGUUAUUAGGCAUAUGGAUUGAGCUUUUGAUGGGUUGUUUCUCUUGGUUUUAUUUUUGGGUGUAAAUCGAUAGAAAUUGCAGUGUUAGGCUUUAUUUAUUAUUUAUUUGAUUUUUUCGGUGGUGUGAAGAGUGUUUGCAGGGGUGUUGUUCUUGUUUUGAUGCAUACAUGGCAAGUGACACAAGACAAAUUCAUAUGUAAACAGAUUGAUUAUUUGUUUGUUUGUUUGUUUUUUCAGAUUUUUUUUUUCUUCUCUUUAGAUAAAUAACGAACCAAUAAAGCUAUUGUUACUAGACCUAACAACUAGAAAGUUAUAUUUUUCAACAAAUCUGC